AAUUUGGUAAAAAAGAUUCUUCUUUUAUUCUUGUUAAACUAAUGGAAAUGGAAAGACUUUGUGACUCCACUAAAUCCAUAUUUGAGAUUCGAACCCGUGACCUUUUGUUAGCAGAGCACUUCCAAGGUUAAUUAAUCAUAAUCAGAUUAGGUCGGUGUCCGUACAGAGAACCAAGGUUGAGGAAAGAGAGAAGAAGAUGACUCUGGGACUGAUAAACGCGAAUCCAGUUGUGCAGGCUAAGAAGGAACGGCUCGUUCGUACACAAGAUCAAUAUAGAGAUGAUGGUGUUGAUCCUCUUGACAUCUAUGAGUAUGUAAGAGAUAUAAGAGAUCCAGAACACCCUUAUACUUUGGAGCAGCUAAGUGUUGUCUCUGAAGAAUCUGUUACUAUCGAUGACGAGCUGGAUCGCAUCUUGAUAACCUUUACACCGACGAUUCAGCAUUGUAGUAUGGCAAAUAUAAUUGGUCUGUGUUUGAGAGCUAAGCUUAAAGAAUCUUUGCCACUUCAUUAUAAGGUUGAUAUCAGAGUGUCUCCUGGUUCUCACGCUGAUGAAAAUGGAGUGAAUAAACAACUGAAUGAUAAAGAACGGGUGGCGGCUGCAAUGGAGAAUCCUAAUCUCCGUCAGCUUGUGGAUGAGUGUAUCUACUCCGAUGAGAUAUGAUCUGAUCAUAUACUUCUACUCUCUUGUACAGGCUUCAUAUUCUGGGUUAUUACAAUGCCUUACGAGACCAAUCUUUAGUCUAAGAAUACACGUUUUACCUUGUUCGAAUGUUGUAUACUACUCGAUAACGAUACAUAACCUUUUGUCAAGGUAACUGCAGUCUGAAGUUACAAGGCACAACUAGAAAAAUAAACUGCAAUAUAUGGUUCGAUUAGGUGAUGGAAUGUAACCAGUGUAUUUUUUGGUGUGC